CAAAACCAAAGGCAACAGUGCAGAGUCAUGGAGCAAAAAGUGAGCACUGUUUCGAGGGCGCAGUGGGGAGCAGCUGCCCCUAAACAGAAGGAGAGACUGAAAAGCUCGGCCCGGAGAGUUAUCAUUCACCACACUGCCCUCCCAAGAUUCACCGGCCUGAAAGAGUGCAAGGACCACAUGGUUAGCAUUCAGAGAGUGCAUAUGACAGAAAGAGGCUUCGAUGACAUUGGAUAUAAUUUUCUCGUCGCAGGAGAUGGUACAGUGUUCGAGGGGCGUGGCUGGGGUGUGGUAGGGGCACAUACAAAAGGCAACAAUCAUGACUCACUUGGGAUUGCCUUCAUGGGCAACUUCAACAAUGACACACCAAGCAAAGAGGCAAUACUGUCAGUAAAGCAGCUGCUGCAGUCCGGAGUUUGCCAGGGCUUUUUACACAAAGAGUUUUCUCUGUUUGGUCACAGAGAUCUGGGAGACACAGAAUGUCCAGGAGAAAAACUUUAUGCUGCGCUACCACAACUGAGAGAUUCCACAUAAAGUUUGCUUUGCAAAUUUUGGGUGUUUUUACCGCUUUGCACAAACUUUAACCUUUGGUAUAUAACAAGGUGAACAGGAGCUUUAUAGAUAAAACACUAAUUUUCACAAUAUUUUCAUCAUGGGUCUCUUCCUAACCAAGGGAAUGUUUGUGCUGAAACAAGAAGAGGUCCUACAGGUUUCACAACAUGUUCACAGCCUUGUUUUUUCUUGCAGCAGAGGGAGCUCUAGUUGUCAAGAAGUGCAUAAUGUUUACAAACUGUUUCAACUUAAAAGAUUGUUGGAGUGGUGCUCAGUUUUUAGUUAAUUCUAGGUGCAAUAUUAACCUCGUGUGCAAUACAUUUUACUUAGGAAUACUUUGCUUGGUAUUGUUAUUGGUGGAUUAUGGUGUAAAAUAAACAUUCACAUGAAUU